AUGUCAAGAUCAACAUUACAACAAUCGCCAGUGUUUACACCUGGCAAAUGCCUAAUUGCCCUUGUCAAUGUAGUAACUCUAUUCGGACCGUUCCUAGCAGAUUGGAAACGACUGAUCAUCUUUACCAGUGAAACUCACAUCUACAACCCCAACUGGCCACCCCAUGCCCGCUACCACAACGGCCAAACCAUGUCUCUAGGACUCUUUGUGGGCCUUUUGACCUACUAUAUCCUGUUUAUUUUGCUUCCCUCUGCAUCGCCGUCCCCAAAGAUCCAACAAGUCCAUCUGAACUGGGUCUUGGUGCUUCAGAACUUCAUGUACUUGUCUAGUUUGAGUGGCAUCUUGUAUCCGGGGGCUGGAUGGACGGAUCCAGAGUUUGGAGACGACAAACCGCAGUUGUAUGUUUUUCCUUGGUUGGUGGUGGUCUGUUGGGUGGGGUGGUAUGUUGAGAGGAGGAGGAUUGAUAUACUGGCUAAGAGCGAGGAGCAGGGGAAGAGAGAGUGA